GGCGGGCGGCCGGCGGGGGCGGCGGAGUGAGGCGGCGGCGCUCUCGGCGCUCGGCCCCUUUCUGUGUCGGCGCCUCGCAGAGGCAGCAUCCCGCGCGGAGCCGCUCGCCGCCCAGCCCGCCCAGCUCCGCGCCGCCGCCGCCAUGGCCAAAUCCGAGUCCCCCAAGGAGCCUGAGCAGCUGCGGAAGCUCUUCAUCGGCGGCCUCAGCUUCGAAACCACAGACGAGAGCCUGCGCAGCCACUUCGAGCAGUGGGGCACCCUGACUGACUGCGUGGUGAUGAGGGACCCCAACACCAAACGCUCCAGGGGCUUCGGCUUCGUCACCUACUCCUCGGUGGAAGAGGUGGAUGCUGCCAUGAACGCCAGGCCGCACAAAGUGGAUGGCAGAGUGGUGGAGCCCAAGAGGGCUGUGUCCAGAGAGGACUCACAGCGGCCUGGAGCCCACCUGACAGUGAAGAAGAUCUUCGUGGGGGGCAUCAAGGAGGACACUGAGGAGCACCACCUGCGGGACUACUUCGGGCAGUACGGCAAGAUCGAGGUGAUCGAGAUCAUGACCGACCGCGGCAGCGGCAAGAAGAGAGGCUUCGCCUUCGUCACCUUCGACGACCACGACUCGGUGGACAAGAUCGUCAUCCAGAAGUACCACACGGUGAACGGGCACAACUGCGAGGUGCGGAAGGCGCUGUCCAAGCAGGAGAUGGCGAGCGCCUCUGCCAGCCAGCGAGGCCGCAGCGGCUCAGGCAACUUCGGCGGUGGCCGCGGCGGAGGCUUCGGCGGCAACGACAACUUCAACCGCGGCGGCAACUUCGGCGGCCGAGGUGGCUUCGGCGGCAGCCGCGCGGGGGCCUACGGCGGCGGCGAUGGCUACAACGGCUUCGGCAACGACGGUUACGGCGGCAGCGGCCCAGGUUACUCCGGCGGUAACCGAGGCUACGGCGGCGGCAGCAGCAGCUACGACGGCUACAACAACGGCGGCGGCUUCGGCGGCGGCAGCGGCGGGCGGCGGCCGGCCCGGGGCCCUGCGCUGGCCGUCAGGAACGGCCUGUCCGAGGCCGGCUCAGGCAGCAAUUUCGGCGGUGGGGGCAACUACAACGACUUUGGCAGUUACAACAACCAAUCCUCCAACUUCGGCCCCAUGAAGGGAGGAAACUUUGGGGGCAGGAGCUCGGGGCCCUACGGUGGUGGUGGCUACGGCAGCUCGAGCGGCGGCGGCAGCUACGGCGGCGGCAGGAGGUUCUGAGGGCAGGACCUCGCCCAGCAGCUGGAGGCACCGGAGCGGCCCCGGGGGCGGCAGCCGCCGCAGGUGACAGCUGGCAGCGGCCCCCGGCGGCAGGGCCGGGGCAGGGAGGGGGGAGCGAGGCCGAGCGGAGAGCAGGAGCCGCCGGGGGGGCGGGGGGGGGGAGGGCGUUCGGGGGUGGGGGCCGCACGGACGAGGCCACCGCAGCGUCUCCGUGCCCCGGGGCCGUGUUCGUGACUCUUUGUUCUCCAGGUUUUAGUUUCCCUGUGCCGUGGGAGCGUCCCGGGGGGGGGGUGGGGGUGGAGAGCCCCACGCAGCCCCCGCCCGGCGCUGCCCCCCGCCCCCCCCCCGCCCCCCCCUGCGAUGCUCAAUAAAUGUCCUCCUUUUUUUUUUUUUUUUUUUUAAUUAUUACUUUUAA